AUGGCUCGAACAAACACCGCCAGCCAGCAGCAACAGCAGCCUGGCGCGGCUGGUGCCCGAUCGACCGACCGGAACCGCUCGAAUCCAAACUACAAUUCCUUUCCCGUUUACAAUACCAUUGCCGCCACCUUGGCAAGCACCCAGACCAAUGGCGCUCCGGCUGACGCAUCCGCCGCAAAGUCGGGCAAGCCAGCGCGCGUGCUGGCUCCAGACCUGCUCCGCGGCCUGCUCAUGAUUAUCAUGGCCAUGGACCAUGUGUCGGUGUCUUUUGGCUUCUGGGAACACGGCACCGGUCGUGUCGGCGAACAAGACGGCGCCGUCGUUGAACGCUGGAACUUUCCUACCGCCUUUGUCGUCCGUACCCUCACCCAUCUCUGCGGCCCCGGCUUCACAUUUCUGCUAGGCAUGGGUAUCGUCUAUCUCGGCAACGCCCGUGUCAAGAUUGGCUGGGGCGCCGGUAAGCUCAUCCGUUACUUUGCUGUGCGAAUGGUUGUCUUGACGGCGCUCUGUGUUGUCUUUGGCGUCACAUUUACGCUAGGAGCCGCGUGGUUUGUCAACCCAGUCGUCUUUGCGCUCGGUGUGGACUACUUUCUUGUCGGCUUGCUCUGGCUGGCCAUGAACAAAACUGAGCCUCUUCUCGCCUCUGCAAUUACCCUCGCUAUCCGAGAUGAGCCAGAAGUAACCGAUGAGUCUCCUAUCGACGAAGAAGCGCCGCUCUUUGACCGCCCACGCACCAAGUCUCGCGCUGGCGCUGAGACCAUUUCUUGGCACAUCCAUAAUGUGUUCCUGGCCAUUUUGACUGUUGUUACCAUCUUUUGGAACAUAUGGAUGUCCGAAAAUGGUGGCCACUGCAUCUCGUCGUCGUCACCGUCGUCGUCACCCCGUGGCUAUGCAGGACUCACCGCUGCUGCGCCAUUGGACAUUCUCAAAGUCGCCCCCGGUAUCCAGCCCCAGAACCAACCGACCCAUCCGCUGCUGAAGAUUUGGUUCUGGCCAAUGAUGGGUGCGGACACUCUCAAGUAUGGCAUGAUGUCGGGCUUCCCCCCCAUGGCGUGGAUCUCGUUUGCUAUCCUCGGCCUACUCUACGGCCGACUUGUCUAUGGCCGGCCCUGGACAAAGUUGACGACCACGGCACAUGCGCUCGCCGGUGCUGGCUUUAUGGUCAUUUUCGUCAUGACACGAGUCUUUCGCUUUGGCAACUUGUCCGAGGGAUGCCUCCACACACCAGAUCACGACAAGGCCAACCGCCACGCCAACCCGUACUUGGUAUCCCCUCAAUCGUUUCUUUACAUUAUCAAAUACCCACCCGAUGUGGCGUACUGGGCCGCGACGCUGUCUGUCAACUUUUUGCUGCUGGCUUUGUUUGGCGCGCUCCCUCUGCGCCUCGCCAAGCGUAUGACGCUUCUGCUCGAUCUUGGAGGAGCAGCGCUCUUCUUUUAUGUCGCGCACAUGUAUCUCAUUAUGGCGCUUGCGGUAGUGAUGUUGCCCAUCUUCGGCCAUAAGCCAGACAAGGGCGUAACAAACCCCAUGGGUGGUACCAAGGUAAUGACAAACCUGUAUGCCUACUUUGUCAUUUGGGUCUUUGUUAUUGCAGUUAUGUGGCCGUCGUGCCGGUGGUAUGGGCGGUUCAAGAGCACCAAAGGAGCAGAUUCUCUAUGGAGAUUCUUUUAA